AAAAUAAAAAUCUCUAAUUUUCACUGCUCCGUAAUUACAUUCGCCGGAUCUCCCCGUCAUCCACAUUCCGUUAUCGCCGGCGUUCAUCUUCUCUACAGAUCGAUUCGGAUCUUGAUUAUUUUUUAGCAAGUAGUGGUUUCUGGGAACGAUGAGUCAAGGUUUCGAAAGAUAUGAGAGACAAUACUGUGAGAUUUCUGCAAAUCUCUCAAAGAAAUGUACUUCAGCUAUUGCUCUUGAUGGAGUUUCAUAGGUCGCGGACUCGCUGAUGAUGGAUCACCGAUGAAAACACGAAACUUUUCUUAGUGUACUUGAAGAUUUCAGAGAUAGUGAUUGAAGAUUCAGUUAACCUAGUUAUUUAGCUUAUGAAUGUGACUAUGAGAAUGCAGAAGCUUUCACUAUAGGGUUCAGAGAUUAGUUUUCUAACUUGUACAAGUCUCUGUCUCCUUCAUGCAUUGUAAGGAAAUAAUAUGGUGCUUGCUUUAGUUUCAUAGGUUGCAGUUGAUAGAUCACUAGUAUGAAUAGAUCAUCACUAUAGACCGCUUACUUAUGCCAAGAUUUUUUCCCUUUUUCAUCAUAAGCUUGGACUUUACCAAUUUUCAGAACAAAAGAAGCAGAAUCUAUCUGAAAUAAAAUCUGGGGUUGAGGAAGCAGAAGCUUUGGUAUGUGAUCUUGCGUUUGCUCUAAUGGAAUAUGGAAGUUUCACCGUUGUCCUGUAUGCGGUCGAUGGUUACUUUCUAUCUACCUUUUGUUCUUUCCAGGUUAAGAAAAUGGACCUCGAGGCAAGAAACCUUCCACCCAAUGUUAAAUCCAGUCUCCUUGUCAAAUUAAGGGAAUACAAAUCUGAUCUUAACAAUUUCAAGACGGAAGUGAAGAGAAUCACAUCUGGAAACUUAAACGCUACUGCUCGAGAUGAGUUACUAGAAGCUGGUAUGGCUGACACAUUGACGGCUUCAGCUGAUCAAAGAUCAAGAUUGAUGAUGUCAACAGACCAUUUAGGCCGAACCACAGACAGAAUCAAGGACAGUAGGAGAACGAUACUGGAGACAGAAGAGCUUGGUGUUUCAAUCCUUCAGGAUUUGCACGGGCAGAGACAGUCUCUCUUACGGGCCCAUGAAACGCUUCAUGGAGUCGAUGAUAACGUCGGAAAGAGCAAGAAAAUAUUGACAACAAUGACUAGGAGAAUGAAUAGAAACAAAUGGACCAUCGGUGCGAUAAUCACAGUCCUUGUCCUCGCCAUUAUCUUUAUCUUGUACUUCAAACUCACCAGGUGAAGCCUUUUUCUCUUCACCUGCCUGACCAAUUUCUAACUGAACAACUUUCUAUUGCUAUGGUCGCAAUUUUGUUUAUGAUAGAUCUGAGAAUCUAAUAUUGAUCUUCUAUGCUAUUUUAACCUGUUCUGUGUGAAGCUCUUGUUAAUCUUCUGCUUGAUGUUCUUCACCAAACCUAUCAAAAUCUGUAAAAGCAAAUCAAGAAGAUAGUUACAUCUAAAUUCUAGUGUUGUAGAAACUUGAAGUUUUAGUUGGGUGGGAAAAAAAU